UACAAAUCAAAUUGUAACACUAAAUACUUCAGUCUCACAACAUGGCGUCACCGGCAGCCCUGUCCAGCUCUUCCCCACUCCACCGUCUCUCCACCUUCAAAAGCGCUUCAAUCACCACACCAGCAUCAACAACAGCACCACCAACAGCAACGACAACCUCAACCUCACCCUUAGACGCAUUCGCCCGCGAUCCAAUCCUCUCCGCUUUCCUCUCGCCGUCCUUCUCCUCCACUUCAUUUUCAUCCGCCGCGCUAUCCUCCGGAUCCCCCGCCUCCACUGCCGAACAACUCCACCAAGCCAUUCGUCUCUUGGAGAAUCAACUACGCUCCGAAGUACUCUCCCGCCACACCGACCUUCUCAAUCAGCUGUCAUCUCUGAAUCAUGCGGAACACGCUCUCUCUACCGUUCGAUCUGCCAUCACAUCACUACAAUCAUCCGUCCGUCGCGUCCGAUCCGAGCUCUCUGAUCCCUACAAAUCUAUUAAAUCUAAAACCGUACAACUGUCGAAUCUCCACCGUGCUACCGAACUCCUCCAGCACACGAUCCGUGCACUUAGGUUAUCCAAGAAGCUUCGCGAUCUUCUCUCGGCGUCUGAAGCAGACCCGGAAAAGUUAGAUCUGACGAAAGCAGCGCAGCUUCACUGCGAAAUAACUACAAUGUGUAAGGAGUAUGAGUUGACCGGCAUUGACGUUAUUGAUGAGGAGUUGUUUUGGGUUAAGGAAGUGGGGGAAAAAUUGAGAAACGAAGCGAUGAAAGUUUUAGAAGGAGGAAUGGAAGGGUUGAAUCAGGCGCAAGUAGGGACGGGAUUGCAAGUUUUUUAUAAUAUGGGAGAGUUGAAGGUGACGGUUGAACAUUUGGUGAAUAAGUAUAAGAACAUGGGAAUGAAGAGUGUGAGUGUGGCCUUGGAUAUGAAAGCGAUUUCGGGGGCAGGUGGUGCUGGGUUUGGGCCGGGAGGGAUAAGAGGCUCUGGAACGCCGCAGAUUGGAGGUGGGGUAAAGGCUCGGGAAGGGUUGUGGCAGAGGAUGGGGACUUGUAUGGAUCAGUUGCAUUCCAUUGUUGUUGCUGUUUGGCAUUUGCAGAGGGUUUUGUCGAAAAAAAGAGACCCGUUUACUCAUGUAUUGCUGCUUGAUGAGGUUAUUCAGGAGGGUGAUUCCAUGUUAACAGAUCGUGUUUGGGAGGCACUUGUGAAGGCUUUUGCAAGUCAAAUGAAAUCUGCUUUCACUGCAUCAAGCUUUGUCAAAGAGAUAUUUACCAUGGAAUAUCCGAAGCUCCUUUCCAUGAUAGAGAAUCUACUUGAAAGAAUUUCUCGUGAUACAGAUGUCAAAGGGGUUUUACCAGCUGUCAGUUUGGAAGGAAAAGAUCAGAUGGCUGUGGCUAUUGAAACAUUCCAGACAUCUUUCUUGGCCCUCUGUUUAACGCGCCUAUCUGAUCUUGUGAAUACUGUUUUCCCAGUGUCUAGCCGUGGAAGUGUUCCUUCGAAAGAGCAAAUUUCAAGAAUUAUAUCACGUAUUCAGGAAGAGAUUGAAGCUGUACAGAUGGAUGGACGUCUGACUCUCCUUGUAUUACGUGUAAUUGGCAAGGUUUUGAUCUUGCUUGCAGAACGAGCUGAAUACCAGAUAUCUACUGGUCUUGAAGCACGUCAAAUAUCUGGUCCUGCGACAUCAGCGCAACUCAAGAACUUCACAUUGUGUCAGCAUCUGCAAGAAAUUUAUACACAUAUAUCACUGAUGAUCUCAGGACUGCCCACUCUAGCUGCAGAUGUGCUGUCUCCUGCUAUUGGUACAAUAUAUGGGGUUGCCUGUGAUUCGGUUACAUCCUUGUUCCAAGCAAUGAUUGACCGGCUUGAGUCUUGCAUCUUGCAAAUUCAUGACCAGAACUUUGGUGUGCUUGGCAUGGAUGCUGCAAUGGACAAUAAUGCUUCACUUUACAUGGAGGAGCUACAAAAGUGCAUUCUUCAUUUCCGUAAAGAGUUCCUAUCCAGACUGUUGCCUUCUUCAGCUAAUGCUACCACUGCUGGGACGGAAACUAUAUGCACUAGGCUGGUUCGGAGCAUGGCUUCCCGGGUUCUGAUAUUUUUUAUCAGGCAUGCUUCUCUUGUAAGACCUCUAUCAGAAUCAGGGAAAUUGAGGCUAGCUAGAGACAUGGCUGAGCUGGAGUUAGCUGUGGGACAGAACUUGUUCCCAGUUGAACAACUUGGCGCACCCUAUCGCGCACUGCGAGCAUUUCGGCCUCUUAUAUUCUUGGAAACAUCUCAGUUAGGGGCAUCUCCUCUUCUUCAAGAUCUACCACCAAGUGUUAUACUUCACCAUCUUUACUCUCGGGCCCCGGAUGAACUGCAGUCACCACUGCAAAGAAACAAGCUUACACAUGUGCAGUAUUCAUUGUGGCUAGAUUCUCAAGGGGAGGAUCAGAUAUGGAAAGGGAUUAAGGCAACUUUGGAUGAUUAUGCAGUGAAGGUAAGGGCAAGAGGAGACAAAGAGUUCAGCCCUGUAUAUCCGCUCAUGCUUCAGCUGGGGUCGUCUUUGACUGAAAAGCCUCAUACAUUGCAAAAGCAUUAAUGACUAACCUUCUUGUAAACUAGUGUUGUUAAAAAAAGAAAGAAUUGCCUUCACCAGGUUUUUGCUUUUAGAAAGAUUUAGUACAUGGUACGAGUGAGGAAAAUUCAUAAAUAGAUGUGUCAUUCUGAUAGACCUCCUAUUAAGUAGACUUAUCAAAGAAAGGGCAAAAUGGGUAAGACAGCUCAGAUUACAGCAAUUGAGAUUGAAGAUUCAAAUGAAGAGCCAUAUCUGGAUAACUCGAGUUCAAAGGUGGAAGCACACCCAGAUAACUCAAGCAACCAGAUAAGCCAUAUUUCAGAUAGGAAGUCGUGGCUUUUAGGAGGCAGUGCUAAGAAGGAAGAUCAUCAAGGAAAAUCUAAAGGGAACUGGAAAGGAAAUAGGGGGCUGAGGCCUGGGGACUCUGGUUGACUGUCUUGGAGAGCACCAGUGUUUGGUUCGGUUUUCAUUAGCUUUUUGUGAAUAAAGAGUGUAUGCUGGAUUCCAUCAAUCAAUAAAGAUUAUUUCAUUCAUCUGUCAA